UUGUCGAGGAACUUAGCAGCAAUUCUAAGUUCCAUCGUCGUAUUCAACAAUUAUUUUAUAUUUAUUGUGUUGUUCUUUUCUAAUAAACUAGCAGAAUGAAGCCCCAGGAGGAAACGAAAGGAGAGCAGCCGCCCGUACCAAGCAGCCCAUAAACGUACACGGAGUAUAGGCGUCGGCAAAGAGCAAGUGGUAACACUCACAAGCGACUCACCUGUUCCACCAGCACCUGAGACAGAGUUCCACUGGGGUCGCCGUCAAGUACACGCCUUGAUCGGUAAGGUGGAGGAGUUCUUUGAAGAUUUCUAUGAUGGCACCAAGAAGAAAAAGUUUAUUUGGAAUGCUGUGGCGGAACGGAUGCAGGAGGAAGGACAUAAUUGUACUGGUAGUGAGUGUGACAAGAAGUGGAGGAACCUUAAGGGCACUUAUGUGAAAGUCCUACAGAAGCAGAUUCAUGGAGACAGCAGCUACAGAUUUGAGUACUUUGAUGCAUUGCACCACAUCCUCGGGAAGGAGAUUGACCCCCUGGGGAUGAGAGAGCAAGCGAUGACUCGUGUUGCACCUUCUCCAUCUGAUAAGAUGUCUUCUACAGAAUACCAGGAUCUGACAUUUGACACUGGUGGCUUUGUCUGGACUGAUAUAGCUGUACAUCUCCUGUUGGAUUUAAUCUUGGAGCAUCGUGAUGACUUCUUGUCUUCCACCUCACUAGCUGAAGAUAUAUGGAGGGAAAUUGCCCAGCAGAUGGCAUAUGAGGGCCAAGAGGUACAAAGUGAACAAUGUCAGAGCAAGUGGUUGAACCUACAAGAGGGAUUCCAGCACCACCAGGCUAAGGCUGAGGCCACUGGCUCCGUCUCUCUCUGGACCUUCUUCACCCGAGUCAGAGAUGUUGUGAACUCUUUGAAUGUUGUCACUGACUCACAUCGUAAGCCAGUGUUAGGACCCGGAGGUGCCCUAGGACCUACCAAAGGGAGACAUAGAGGAAUAACAGGGACAAGAAGAUCCACAAAGGGAGGUGAAAAUCUUGGAAACGGAGACAAUAGUAUACUGGAUCGUGUACGGCAGCUGGAGACAAGUUUGACCAUAAAUCGUCGUCUACAACACCUGGAAUCCAAAGUGGAGUCAGGUCGGUGGCAAAGUGAUGCAUACAAGCAGACAAAUAAUGUCCUCUCACAGAUUUUAUCAGAGUUACGUAGGAUCAAUAACUUUCUAGAACAGGACCAGAACCAACAGCCGAAACAUGAAAUACAACAGACCAUAACACAGCAUCAGCAAGACCAAGGUCCUAGCAGCCCAAAUCAAGGAAUAAUUAUUGUGGAAGCUUAUGCAGAUCAGCUGUAAAUAAUUCUUAAAAGAUUGUACCGUAAGUGGGUGUAUGCAGCAUCUCAAAAUUUUUAAUUGUUGAUAUAGUAGUGUAAUUACUGACAUUUGCUAUGCGGUAAAACAUCUUAAGCCAUUUAAGCACAGUAAUAACAUAACAUUGACGACAUAAAGACUGUCAAGUGUAAAUCAUCUUUUGGAGGCCUGAGUUUUGUUUGUAGGGUCUGUGUUAGCUCCAGCAGACAUACCAUCAGUUGCUUGGGGUCCCUCUAACCCGAAUAAAAUUAUCUGGGGUUAACCGAAUAAAAUAUUAAAAGUGGCAUUGCUGUAGUGAAGGGGUUAAGCACAAAUAACUCCUCAGAAUUUUUCUAUACAGCACUGCUAUUGUUUAGUCAUACAGGUAUAUUGUGUAUACCUAGUUAUACUCUACAGCAGGCAUGGGCAACCUGUCCUCAGUCAUGGGACGCAUUACAUUUAGGUAUUUUUCUGUGGGUCAAACCACCAGAAUUUAUAUCUUGCCUAACUCUAAAGUAAUGUUAAUACUGUAUUGUAUUAGCACGGACAGUGAAACAGUUUAUCGUCACGGCCACUUUACGAUAUUUUCAGUUUACAAUCGAGUCUUUUUCCCAUUUUUGAGACAAAUCCAUCAUAAUAAUUUUUUAAAGUAAAAUGUUAAUGUUUCAUGUCAUUUAACAGAAGAUGAGUGAAGCAGUCUGUGAAUACGUAGAUUUUUCCUACAGUUACAGCAUUUGUAUUACUUAUGAGACACAUCCACCAGAAUAAUGCCAAUGUUAAUCUUGGUGCAUAAGGAACUACAAUGAAGCACCCUAUAGGUACAUCUGUUUAUUUGGUAAAGGUGUAGAAGAGGGUGACCACCAGAAGGAGUUGUCCUAAUUGGUUGAAUUUUUUCUACACUAAUAUUAUGAUAUUAAACACAAAAAUGGAAACAACAAUGCAUUGAACCUAAUAGAACCUGACAAUCUUUUUAUUUACUCUAUCCUGCUUCACAAUUAUCCUCCCAGCGCUAUUUUUGUUGUUGACCUCGCUGAAUCCCUGUUCAAGAGACAUUUCCUAAAUGAUGGUGAACGCUUCCACGUAUUCCUCCUCGCCAUUGCUGAUGUAUAUCAAACUCAAUAUUAAGGUAAGUUGUUUAACACAUAAAUUAACACAAUAAUGCAUAGAACCUGACCUA